GCCGCUGCUGGUUGUACUUCCGGGUUCUAAUGUUUACAUCAGGCAGCGCCGUGAGCUUGAAACAUCAGGGCCGUUUGUGGGAAUAAUCGAAUAAUCUACAUAUAUUUAAUUAAAAAAAACACGUUUCGCAUAAAAACGCAAUGUUGUGCGAGACUUAGGACAAAACACGGCCACGACCGUGUGUCUAUCACCAGGAUCAGCUGCUGACAGUCGACACACUCUGAGCGAGAGAGAGAGAGAGAGAGAGAGAGAAAAACCAUGAAGAAGAAAACCAGACGUCAAAGGUCGACUGAGACGUCACAGCGGCCGGCAGUGGCGAGCGUCAGCGAGGAGAAGACGCCAGGAAACAGAGGACGACCUCGAAAGACUAUUCCCGACAACACUGACGCGUUUCACCACGACAGCGGCGCAACAGACGACAACCAUGUGACGGACGUCAGCCUGAGAGACGCGCGGAAACUUCCAGAGACCAAGAGUCCAGGCAGACUGUCCACUGCCCUCUGUCGCCUCUGCCACGGAAAGUUCUCUCCUCGCAGCCUGUGCCACGCCUUCGACCGGCGGUCACGUGACUCCAUCGGCCGCGUCGACGAGGAGUGUGGCGCCACCGGCGUGCGGUCGCCUCUUUUUUUCCACACAGACUUCCAGCGGCUGGUCGGAGUCGAGCUGAACCGCGAUCCGCGUUUAUCGGAGUUCAUCUGCAAGAAAUGUCACGCCAAGUUCUAUAAGUGCCAGAAUAUCCUGAUCCACUUCCUGCAGAGAGUCAACCUCCCAGCAGCCGGGAAGGAAAACGGCAAAAGCCGGAAAAAGUCAAAGCUCCCAGAGUCGUCAGUGAAUCACGGAUCAAUAACGUCACCGGCCUUCACCUCGGACUCUAAAUGCCUCCACAGUCUGGUGUCGUGGGCUCACCGCCACGGAGAAGCCUGCGGCUCCUGCCCCGACCUGCAGGAGGUGCUGGAGGACCAGUGCUGGGGCUCUGUCAAGGCCGUGUGGGCCUGUGUCGACGGUCACAGAUACAUCAUGGACACUCGUCCGGGGACCGCGGUGAACUUUAGAGGCGGAGCCUUAGUGGGCGGUGACGGCAAGAUGUCAGAGGAGGAGGAAGUGGAGCGGCAGCAAGAAGAGGAGGGAGAUGAUGAUGAGGAGGAGGAAGAGCAGUGUGGCCUGAUAGGAAGUUCAAACUCGGUCACAGGUCUCAAGGACACGUCACUGGUCGAGACUCACCCUGAGGACAGGACAGCCGAGAGCGAUAUGUCCGACAGAGUCGUCUCCGAGGACGAGUUUGAGGAAAACCGUGGAGGAGGUUUGUCAGACGACGAGUUGUUUGAGCCGCGCGUGGACAAGAGAGUCAACGUCCACAACAAGAGAAGACGAACCACUAAGACGUCAGAGGAGCCAAAAAUCAAAAAGAAACCUGGACCCAAACCAGGCUGGAAGAACCAGUUCAAACCUAAAGGGGAGGAGCUGCCAAACAUCUACAAGUGUCCGUACCAGGGCUGCACAGCCGUUUACAGAGCUCCCGACGGUCUGAAGAAGCACAUCAAAGAACAUCACGAGGAGGUGAGAGAGCGACCGUGUCCUCAUCCUGGCUGCAACAAGGUUUUCAUGAUCGACCGUUACCUGCAGCGACACGUCAAACUCAUCCACACAGAAGAGAGGAACUACAUCUGUGACCAGUGUGGUCAAACCUUCAAGCAGAGGAAACAUCUGUCCGUUCAUCAGAUGAGACAUUCAGGAGCCAAACCACUGCAGUGCGAGGUGUGCGGCUUCCAGUGUCGCCAGCGGGCGUCGCUAAAGUAUCACAUGACCAAACACAAGGCGGAGGCCGACCUGGAGUUUGCCUGCCUGAUGUGCGGGAAACGUUUUGAGAAGGCACACAACCUGAACGUCCACAUGUCCAUGGUUCAUCCUGUCAUUCAGACCGAGGCUCAGAGAGGCAAGCAGCAGCAGCAGCAGCAGCAGCAGCAGCAGCAGCAGCAGCAGCAGCAGCAGCCCACACCACCACCGUACUCUGACCUGCGGACCAUCACAAUGACCGGGGAGGUGGUUCAACAUGUGCAUGACAGAUGACAACUGACAUUCCAGAUCCAGAUCUGCAGCAGGGGGCCAGACACAGAAGGGACCUGAAGUUACAGCAAUCCUCCUCCUCUUCAUCGACAUUUGACCAGACUGACGUCACUCACAUCUGGGGUGGGUGGG